UGUGACGUAAGACACUGAGUCGGGCAUCCUUCCUUUCGGUCGCAGGCUGCACGUAGCUGCAGCGGUCUGAUAACGUCCCCAGAAGUCAGCUGUUGCUGGAAUAUCGGUUGUUAUUGGUUCUUUUGGAGGGCACUAACCACCCAACAAUAUGCCCAUGUACCAGGUAAAGCCCGUCUUUGGGGAUGACAUAAAGACUGAUUUGCCAACCUGCAUGUACAAGUUGCCGAAUAUCCACGCGCAGAGAAGUGCAAGUGGCUGCUCGGAACAUGCGCUUCAGAAUGGGACAGAGGUGGACCCUGCGUUCAGAGACCUGGAGGUACGUCAGGAUAAUAUCAUGCGCAGGCUCUAUGAACUGAAGGCAGCCGUGGAUGGCCUGGCCAAGACCGUGACCACACCCGACGCUGACCUGGACCAGACUGUGACCUCUCUCUCCCAGAGUCCCACAGCCACAUCCUUUAGUGGCACUGCAGACCUGGACUCCCUACUGGGCAAGGACCUUGGUGCCCUCCGGGACAUUGUGAUCAACGCCAAUCCGGCACGACCACCCCUCACUCUGCUGGUGCUCCACGCAAUGCUGUGCCAGCGCUACCGAGUGCUCUCCAGUGUGCAUGUCCACUCAUCAGUGUCCGGUGUGCCCGCGCAGCUGCUCUCCUGCCUGGGGCCGCGCCACGCAGACAGCUACGUCCGCCAGCGUUUCCAGCUGGGCUUCACCCUUAUAUGGAAAGAUGUCUCCAAGCUGCAGAUGAAGUUCAGCAUUCAGAACAUGUGCCCCAUCGAGGGCGAGGCCAACGUGGCACGCUUCUUGUUCCGCCUCGUUGCCCCUUACCCCAGCGACCCCGCCCUGGCUACACUGGUGGACAGUUGGGUGGACACAGCCUUCUUCCAGCUGGCUGAGGGCAGCGCUAAGGAGCGGUCGGCAGUCCUCCGCGCCCUCAACGGCACUUUGGGUCGCGACCCCUGGCUGGCCGGUCCCGAGCUCUCGCUGGCUGACAUCGCCUGUUACUGCUGCGUCCUCCAGACAGGCCCUGCCGCCUCCUCUCCGGCCAACGUCCAGCGCUGGCUUAAAGCAUGUGAGAACCUGGGCCACUUUGGCCCCGCCAACCCUCUACUGCAGUGACCACAGCUGCCUAUCAGAUCUCAGGGUGCUUCAAGUGAGUAGGUAGAAGAUACCCACUAGUCAUUGAUCCAGAGUCAGAUAUUGCCCCAGUCCCCUUGUUGGGAAUAGGGGUUUUGGGGUGAAGUAGUAGUCUGACCCUAGAUCUGUGUACGGGUGACUUCUAGCUGGAGCGCCACCAGGGCCCAGCCUAUGGGGUUUAACUGUAUCUCUGCACUGUGCUCAGAAUGAAAAGGGAAUAAUUGAAUACACCUGUCACAUCCCAAUACUCUAGAAAUGCUCCCUUACUCCCUUACUUGUGUAUCUAAGCUUUGCAAUGACUGAACAGAUAUAGAUAGCUGUAAACACAGUUCUCCCUCCCUCGUGCCUAACAAGAUGAUCUACACAGAUGGGUGUGUGUGUGUGUGUGGGGGCGUGGUAAUGGGGUGUGACUUGCUGUUUAACUAAAGAAGCGGUUGAAAAAUGUGACGCAACAGGACCUACUGAUGUGGUAUCUACAGUAUGAAAAGUAAAACUUUGUAGCGUUUUUGUUCUUAAAUCACUAAAAUGUCCACUUUGGAUCAAACUUUGAA